AUGCAAUUUAGACUUUGCCUCCCCUGCGGGACUCGAGCCCAGAUCGUGCUGGCGCCGCGUCAGAGUUCGAGACCACGAUUUCAACUGGGCAGCCGCGCCAAUCAUCGACGAUGUGGCAACGGUAAAGUCCAGGCGUGUAAAAUGAGCAUGGCACCGGCAAAAGCAAACUGGUCUCGUCGUUUUCUCGGCGUUUCCGCGUCAUUUUGGCCAGAGCGUCGGUUUCGUGAAAACAGUCUCGAGGCCGCAGACGACUUCUCGACUGUCCGUCUGCAACACAGCUUGUCUGUUAAGGCGAUAGUGCUUGCCGGCGAAUAA